GAGAGGACGUGGACCCUUCGCUUCGUCUUCCUAUCUCUUCAUAUAGUGAAAAAAAUGAAGAUAAAUUCAAUGUUGUUUAGAUUUCAAUUCAUUUAAGGACAAAAUCUCUGCAGAAACAUUGAAUCCGCUUGUCCUCAGAGGAUCCCUAUCGUGUAAACUCAAGAAACCUCGACCAAGUCAUCAGAAGUUGGAUCUUGAGUUUGACUCUCUUUUUUUUCUCUCUCCCUCUCUCUCCCUCUCUCUUUCUUGUCACUUGCAGGCGGUGCAAACAAUAAAGACUGUUCGUUGUGUUUUAUCGGAAUCUCUUCAUCUGAGUUCACAUUACAGAGUUUCUUGGGAACUUUUUUUGAUAAAAUCUGACAAGCAUUGGUUCAGAGGAAGACGAUCUGAGUAUAAAACAAUGCCUGAAGGGAAAUUAAGAUCAGGAGUUUACAGAUCAUUCAUAAUGUGUGAUGAUCCAAGAGGAGUUGUUGAACGUGGAGCAAUCAAGAAACAGAGCAAGACCCGUAAUAAUAGCAGCAUAUGCAGUGGUACUAACCAAAGAUUUGACCAUCCUUCCAAGUCCAAAGAGAGAUCCGAAGCGGCGCCUAGGAAGAGCACAGAGGAUCCUCCUCCUUCUUCAUCAUUGCAGCUCUUGAGAGUAUCCAAAGGGAUUCAGAAACUAAACGUUGCGAUUGAUUCAUAUUCCAAAGGGUCGAGGCACGAGGCUGUGAGGCCUGAGGAUAUAGCCAAAGGAUUGUUGAGAGGAGCACUUGAUUUGGAAGAGUCUUUAGCUAUGCUUAGUAGUAUUCAAGAAGCUGAUGUCAAGCAGAAAGGGAGGGUUACUAAAGAUGGAAGGCGCGAUUUGCGGUUUCAGAGAUCGAUGUCUGAUAGAUUCGGAGAGAGGUUUGAGAAAAGGAUGAUGGUUCAAGAGAACGUAGCAUCAAAAGAUUGUUAUGAUGAGCUAAGAAACGUGAUUAGGGAAAGCUUUCACAGGCAGAAUCUUCUUCCACAAGCAACUACUACGGAGACUAAGAAGACUAGGGUUGUUAGAAGUGGUUUUGUUUCCUCUUCUGGAGCUGCGUCUUCAUCAACGAGCUCAAGCCAAUCUUCUAUGGUUUCAGGCUCUACAAAAUCCUCUGCGUCGUCUGAUGUUCCAAGGAGAGCUCCAAGUUUGAUUGCUAGGCUUAUGGGUCUUGAUGCAUCGCCUCAACAACCGAACAAUGUCACACCAGUUAUUGUAAAUGUCUCACCAGAAAGACAAGAGAAGCCGAAGAGGAAGAAGAAAGAGAGUAGUCCUGAAACUUUGAGAUGCAACUCUACAAGAAAAGGUGUUUUACAAUCUUUGCCUGAAGAGAUUCCGAGUGAGAACCACUCAAGUAUAGUACUCAUCAGACCUGUGAAUGGUGGUGGUGUACAAACGAAAACAGACGAAAAACCGGGAAACAAAAGACCGGUUUUACCCAAGAAACCGAGAAUGCAAGGUGAGGUUCAUCCAAGAAUGAUCAACCAGAAAAAAGAUAAUCAAGCCAAGGGAGGCAGCAGCAACACAAUGAAGUUACCAUCAAGUCCGACUAAGAAAGACAAAGUGGUACGGAAAGUAGAAGAGAAUGAAGGUAAGGUGAUGAAGCUAUUGUCACCGAGCAAUGUCAAAGCUGUAACAGGACAAGGAAAACCGAAGGAAACCAUCAAAAAAUUUUAUGUGAAGAAGCAAGAUAUCAGUGAAGGUAAAGACAGAGGUCUUAGGUCACCUGUCAAUCAUGGGACUCACAAGAAAUCAAAUGGUUCUUCAGACAUGUCAAGAAACAAGAAUCAGCGUUCCAGGUUGAGCUGUGAUGAGCAGAAAAGUAAUAGUCGGUUAAAGAAGCCUGGUGACGCUAGUAAACGAAGUCCCAAGAAGAAAAUUCAGCAACGAGACAAUAACUCAAGUUCCUCACAGGACGCAAGUGGAUCAGUAAACCAACUUUCUGCAGAGGAAACCACUUCUUCGGAGCUUCACAUUCAAGGCCAUUGUGACAGCGGAGAAGUUCCUUCUUGUGCUCCCACAAUUCAGCAAGAGACCUCUCUUAGAUCAUUCUUAUCCAACUCCUCAGAUUUCAUCAGCUACGCAGAGAAUCUUUUCGACUUCAACACCAACACUAACAGAAGCCAAGAAAAAACCUGUCAGGAUAGAGACAGCAAUGUAAUCUCAGACCAAAGACUGGCACUAGACUUUGCCAAAGAAGUAGCCAGACGCAGAAGCCUUCUUCUCAUUACAGAACCAACUUGUCUCCUGAGAAGCUCUUUGCACAUUGAUGAGUUGCUAAUGGAAGUCUGUGAUGGGUUUGACUCCCUUAGAAGUUACAGAGACACGUUUUUAAAUCAGAGCAGCUUCGUUAAAGAGAGCAUACACAUGGUCUUGGAGAAGGAUCUAUUUAGUAAGAAAAAAGAGAUGACAAGUGGAGUUUGGGAUUUGGGUUGGAGAAGUGAGUUUCAGAUCGAUGAAACUCAUCAAGCUGUAGUUGACUUAGAGAAACUCAUCUUGUCUGGUCUGAUCCAAGAAAUUUUCUCUUAACCCUUUGAGCCAUCGGAACAAAAGUUUUCCUCUUUUUGUAAUCAGUUAUAUAUAAUAAUAACCGUAGCAGUGAGCGUAUAAACUUCA